CUGGAAGGACGUCCAGAGUGAAAAAGAUCUCUGCUGAUCACUGAACACCACCACAGGCGUGUUGAUCACUCAGCCGGACAGAUAUAGCCGCGUCGCAGACAGAAUCCGAAGCGUCAGUCGCCUUCACGCCGUUUCUGGAGACCAGCGCCGGUGGAAGAAACAUGGAGAUUACGCUUGAAGAUGAAAACAGCAGCUCUUCAGGAAGCUUUGAGUUCAAGGCGGCUCAUCAGGCGUUCAGGGACCGCUGGAAGGAGACGGACGACACCAUGUGUCGCCACAGCAUGUCCUUCCACCUGCACCACAAACUCCAGAGCGACUUCUUCGCCAGCUACCUGUACCUGCUGGAGAAGAUUCCUCUGGUGAAGCUGUUUCCCGUCACCUGUGAGUUCAUCAAGGGAGAGAAGCAGUUCUACUACCGAGCGCAGAAGUUCUACGAAGACGUCCCGGCCUCCGAGGAGGGCAUGAUGGGAGACUUCGUUGAGAUUUCCAACGUCGAUCUGGAAAGUUCCCGUCAGUUUCUGAAGAGGUUUGUGGGGCCGGGCAAAGCCGGGACACACCGCGCUCUGGACUGUGGCUCCGGGAUCGGACGCGUCUCCAAGGGCGUCCUUCUUCCCGUGUUUGAGAAAGUAGAGAUGGCCGACAUGAUGGAGCACUUCCUCCUCCACGCACACGAGGAGUAUCUGGGCGACGCCGCCGACCGCAUCGAGACCUACUACUGCUUCAACCUGCAGGAGUUCACGCCUCCCCGCAGCAAGUACGAUGUCAUCUGGAUGCAGUGGGUGGCGUGCCACCUGACAGACAAAGACCUGCUGAACUUCCUGCUCCGCUGCAAGAAGAGCCUCCGCCCCAACGGCGUCCUCAUCAUCAAGGACAACAUGGCGCGGCAGGGCUGCAAGCUGGACCCCAUCGACAGCAGCAUCAGCCGCCACCUGGACAUCAUGAAGGUCAUCGUGUCCAAGGCCGGCCUGGAGGUCCUGGCCGUGGAGCGGCAGGAAGGAUUCCCAGAGGUCAUCAUGCCCGUCUGGAUGAUGGCCAUGCAGUGAGCAGCCGCCUCUCAGAAACGCUUCAGUCCUCACCAGAUGGGCUGGAAGGUUCUGGGACAAACAUGCGGAAUGGUUCUGGUUCCGUUUCCAUGCGGGUCGGGUCUGUGUGAGAGGGGAACCUGGACGUUCAUGCGACGGUCAGGGCCUGCAGCUGCAGUGAAGAGCAGCACCAGGUGUAAAUAUUCUGUUUGGACGGAAGAACUGGUUUUAUAUUUUUAUGAUGUUUCUCUUUUUAUGAUGUUACAUUUAAAGUUCUGCUGAAAAUGUAACUUUAUUCUCAUCCUCCAUCCUGUAACUGAGAACAUAAUUUUAUUAAAUACGGUCAAAUAAAGGGAUUUAAUUUUGCUUUAGUCAGCGCAAAUAAAGUUAUGAAUAAACUGUAUUUAUUAAAAAAUGAACAUUUUC